ACCCCAUCUUUCUCUAUAUUACACCCUCCAUUAAAUUCUUUCAUUUCCCUCACCAAUCAACACACUACGCAGUAACCUUGUAAACCACAAAAUGACAGACUCCAUAACUGGUACUAAUUUCAUAGCAAUAGCAACCUGGUUUGCACCUUCACCCCUCUUCAUCCUUGUAAACCUUGUCAUCGGUACCAUAGCUCUCGUUUCUUGCUUCAGUGCUGCACCCAAAAUCAAAAUCAUCCAACGAGCCAAGUCCUUUAAUCCCCGUCACUACUACAACCACCAAGAACCAGCAUCUAGUGUUACACAACCCGAGUCAGUAUCCGAGUCUACUCAACCCCUACUCGUUCAAACACCAACCCUGUUAAAGCAAGUCGUAUCCUUCAAUCUCUCCCUCCAUAAACUUGCGCCAGUUAAAACACAUUACCUUCAACCCGAUACCGAAAACUCGUCUGCGGGACUGAAUCUAAAACCGAUUAGUGAUUCGGGUGAUGAUAAGAACAAGGUGGAGUUGAAGAGAUCGGUGAGCGAGAAGGAGUGUUCGAUGACGUUGGACUGGGAGGAGGAAGAGGAUGAAGAAACGUUGGAGGGAAGGAGGCCUUCGACGGCGAUGGCCAGAAGUGAAACGACGACGUGUAAAGAAGAUGAAGGGGUUGACGCAAAAGCUGAUGAUUUUAUCAACAUGUUUAAGAAGCAACUGAGAUUGCAGAGGCUUAAUUCUUUUGUCCGAUACAGAAACACACUUACACUUCCAUCCUUUGAAUAGUGAACGUUGUUCAUAGAUAAGAUGCAAAAUAAUAUUCAUGAAAGAAAAAGAAUAUUGUUAUAAAAAAGAACUAUGAUUUUAUUUUAUCAACAUGUUUGAUUUGGAAACUAGUUUAGGAGAAAUUUAAUACAAUAUUAUUUCACUAUUAAUAACUA